AUGAUUCGACGCACAGUGGACGACAUCUCGACCGGCUCCGACUCGGACUACUCCAACUCGUGGAUCUCGUGGUUCCUGUCGUCAAAGGGCAACGAGUACUUCUGCGAAGUCGAAGAGGACUACAUUCUCGACCGUUUCAACCUCACCGGUCUGAACGCCGAUGUCCAGCAUUAUACGCAAGCCCUAGACCUCAUUACCGACAACCUCGAUGACGACAUCCAAGACGAGUUCCGGGGUACUCUCGACGUCCAGGCGCGACUACUUUACGGGUUAAUCCACGCCAGGUGGAUUGUCACAGCCCGCGGUCUUGCCAAGAUGCUCGAGAAGUACAAGCGAGGCGACUUCGGCCGCUGCCCACGCGUGCUCUGCCAACAACAGCCCCUCCUCCCCGUCGGGCUCACCGACGUGCCCUACGAGAAGUCCGUCAAGCUCUACUGCGGCCGCUGCGAGGACAUCUACUCGCCCAAGUCCUCGCGGCACGGCUCCAUCGACGGCGCGUACUUCGGCACAUCCUUCCCGCACCUCCUCUUCCUCGUCUACCCUGGUUUGAUCCCGCCGAAGAGCGGUCCCGUCGAGUUCGCGCCCCUCACGCGCGGCGCGGACGCGGAGAGCAGCAGACGGAGCAGGAAGGUCCGCGAGGAGGAGCCCCCGGCGGACCUGGGCAAUGAGGGUGUGAGCACCGCGAGCGUCGCGCUGAAGGCGGAUCGGUACCGCCCCCGGAUCUUUGGCUUCCAGGUCAACGAGCUCGCGAAGCUCAUGAGAUGGCAGGAGGCGGUGAGGGAUAGACAAGUCGCGCGGCUGGAGCUAUUGGAGGAGCAUGGCUUGAUGUGA